ACGAAGCAGUGCCCUCGCAGCCUCACAUGCAACGAUCUGUCGGGGGUUCUAUCAAAGGCCCAUACACUUGCUUGACCGUUUUCUGAUACGGUAUAUACGUCAUGAGCAAAGAACAGCGGGUUUGAUGGAUCUUGGUCGCCGGCUUGCAUGUGGUCUGGCAACCAAGGAAGAGAGUGUAGUGCUCGGGUUCCUUCAUACCUCCACCUACCCAGCGCUGCUUGUUCGACUUUCUCCUCGCCGGACGAGUAUAGGCUGGACCAUCCUGCUUCCGCUGGCACGGCAUAGAUUCUUCUCUGGUCCACGUCUCACAUUUGGCAUUCCAUCAUGGCCCAGGAUGAUUCGCGAGCAAUUGCCUGGCUUGUGAUGUGGGUGUGGCCGUCACACUUUGGCUUGCCUCUCCUAGCUGCCAUAUGCCUGCUUUCCGGCACAGUUACACGACACCCGCUAUUCCUAAACCUAAUCAUCACGGAAAUCCUUGCAGGCCUAUCUAACAGUAUCUUGCUUUACACGGGACACUGGAGGGCGACCGGUCCACAACCUUCUGUGAAUGUCUGUCUCUUUCAAGCAGGUUUAGGGAAUGGCGAAGCAUCCAUGACCGCUGCAGCCUCGUUCGCUCUGGCAUAUCAGGUAUUCAUUUCGGUCAGGGGGGCAAUUCGCGGGCAUCGAGCGCACACGAAUGGAGCAAACGUUAUUGGACUUCUCAUUCUGCCCUAUGCCCUGUUUGUCAUCUUCGCCGUCUCGACGAUCGUGGUUGGCGGACAUAAACUGGAGUUCGUAGUCCGCAACAGCUUUCUGCCAUAUUGCCAGUACACCGGAAAGACCGCGACCACUGUUGCUGCCACUUUCGCUGGUAUCUUAACCUGCGGCACGCUGCUGAUGGAAGCCUGGAUCAUCUUCUACCUGUACCAGCAACGGAGGGCGCUUCGGAAAGCAGGCAUCAAAAAUCUUCUCAUGGCGGAUACUAGCCUUAGGAUCAUUGCAUUUACCGGGCUCAUGGUGAUGGCUCUACUGCUUAUUCUGAUCGGAUUCACCACUCCUAUGAGUGCUGUGCCUGAUUUGGUGAUGUGUACAAUGGGGACGUUCCUCGUCCUGGUCUUUGGGACACAAAGGGAUAUCCUGCAUGUCAUAUUGAGACGGGAUCGGACUCAAUCCCCUUCCGAAGGAUCUACCCUGAAGUUCAAUAACACCGCAAGUCAGGCUCUUUCCUCAAUAUACGAAAACACGAUCAUUGUGCAGGCAGACGAAAAGCGUGCGAGGUCCCCCACAGGCACGGGAGGAAGUUGGGAGCCAUGAGCACUCGGUGUACAAUAUCAUCUUGUCGCCUCGAGUUGGCAAGCGGCGCAGCGGAUCUGCGUCAUUUCGUAAGCGAUGACAAACUUCGGUCGUCAUGCAAUGUAGCCAUACCUCGAGUUUAUCGUCG